AUGGAUGUUGGGGAAAUUUCAGUAUUGAGACUGAUUCCGAGAACACGUGGCCCACCACGGGCCGAACCGUCGAGAACGAGUAUCCAUUGGCAUGGUAUUCGUCAACAAGGCAGUAACUCUGAAGACGGUGUCAAUGGGCUGACUGAAUGCCCUCUUCCUCCAGGAGGGUCAAAAGUGUAUGUUUGGCAAGCAACAUCAUAUGGAACAUCCUGGUGGCACAGUCAUGCCUCCACACAGUAUGGCGAUGGCGUUUUCGGAGCAAUAGUUAUUCACGGUCCAACCUCGGCUGGGUACGACGUUGAUAUGGGCCCGAUCACAAUCUCGGAGAUUUACCGCACUUCAGGUGGCAGCGGGGCCGGGGCAUUAGAUGUUAUCAUCUCCACCCAAGGACCUUUGACGGAUGUGCCCGACAAAAUCCUCUUCAAUGGAACGAACGUCAAUGCGCAGGGUGGCGGAAAGCGUUUCCAGAUGACGGUCGAGCUAGGAAAGAGGUACCUGAUGCGUUUUAUAAACACGGGAGUUGAUGACUUCUACAAAGUUGGGAUUGAUGGACAUAUGAUGGAGGUCGUUGCCAUUGAUCUAACCCCUGUCAAACCUUACACCACACAAUAUGUCAGUCUAGCGAUAGGCCAAAGAUUUGAUGCCAUCAUGACUGCAAAUGGCACAGUGGGGAAUUACUGGCUACGAGCUCUUCCCAUGAAUUGUGCCAGCAACAAUUACAAUGGAAAGGGAACCCAAAAUGCCAUCAUUUCGUACAAAGGUGCGGCGCCAGCACUUCCAACCACCGCCGCAGCUCCAGUUCACGACGAUUGCCUCGACGAACCCGCCGAAAAGACCAUCCCAUUUGUUGGAAAAUCGGUUAAUGUCUCCAACUUCGACCCCAGGCAUCUUCCCGUGGCCUCUCCAUUCAAAAUCACCUCAGCGAACGAGGGUCGCGUAUUCCGCUGGUCAAUAGGAGAAACUACCCAGAAUGUGGAUUUGCAACAUCCUAUCCUGCAAAGACUCGUGCAGGGAAAUACCACAAUCUCACCGGAAGAUAAUAUGAUUGGAGUUGAUGAGAAAGAUACCUGGGCAUUUUGGUACAUCCAGAACAAUUUCUAUGAGCCACACCCCAUUCAUAUGCACGGCAACGACAUGCGAAUUCUCGCCUCCGGGGAGGGGCAAUGGGACGAAGACCUCAGCAAAUUACAAGUCAACAAUCCGAUGCGUCGUGACACCUUCAUGCUACGAGGUGGAGGCUACGCCAUUCUCGCAUUCUAUACAGACAAUCCCGGUAUUUGGUUACUUCAUUGCCACAUCGGGUGGCACGUCAGUGAAGGACUAUCUACCUCGCUUUACAUACGAAAGGACGAUAUCAAGCUUGACGCGGAGGUGGGCAAGAGUAUUGAAGAUGGGUGCACCGCUUGGAACGACUACCUCACCAACCCAACUAAGUUUACAUACCAGAAGUUUGGUUCCGGUGUUUGAUUUUUCAGUUAUAUAUCCCUGC